CUGGGGUGAAUUUGCACCCAGGUAGCAGCUGUAGUCACCGCAGUUCCAUCCUUGUCUCCGCGAUGUUGCCCUUGGCCAAAAACGCACUAAGUCGUCUCCAAGUUCGAAGCAUUCAGCAAGUGGUGGCAAGGCAGAGCCAUCAGAAGAAGACACCUACUUUCCAUGACAAAUAUGGAAAUGCUGUAUUAGCAGGUGGAAGCAUCUUCUGUAUUUCUGCAUGGACAUAUACAGCCACACAAAUUGGAAUAGAAUGGAACCUGUCCCCUGUUGGCAGAGUCACCCCAAAGGAAUGGAGAGAUCAGUAGUCAUGCCAGCUGAUACAAUAAUCAAGGAAUUGUUUCAAAAAACCAACUCAUAAAUGAAUGCCAAGUCAAAGAAUCAUGUACUCAUUAAAACAUGGCAUAUUGAAGAAAAAAAAUAAAGAAAUAAAGUACCUUUGAAACCUUCA